CGUCAUGUAAACCGGAAGUGCGAUGCCAGAAGCGGCUAUUUCAACUCGACAGAAGAAGAAAGGCUCAAAACAACAACAACAACACGUGUUUUAACCAACUCAAGUGCUCCUUUGGGCUGUUAGGAAAUACAACACAACACUUGUUGGCGGUUCCAGCUUUUUGUAACUGUGCUUUUGUAAACAGUUUGCCUCCUAAACUCGACCGCUAGUGAACUUUUGCUAGGCUGCUAGCUUAACUUAGCUAACUAACUAGCUACAGAUGUUCGAGAUGUGUUGGCGAGUUGUCUGCACAUUCAGCCUAAUAUGACAGCAGUUUUAUCCGCUUGCAGACUAGAUGCUUCACAGUUACAUAGUCAGAAACAGUAGUAAGGUGGUAAAUGACGGUUAACGCUGGCUGCAUGCCGUCGUUAAGGCCGUCGUUAAGGCCGUCGCUAUGGGAGACAAGGAGCUGAGUCUCAUCGACCAGAACAUAACAAGUUUGCUAGAUGUCCCCCUGAGUCCCACUGUAACAUCACUCAAUCUGCACUGCAAUCACAUCCCAGGGAUCGAGGGCCUGACCUCAGCGUGGCACCUGCGGCACUUAGACCUUUCCUCCAAUUGUAUUUCUAAGAUUGAGGGUCUAAGUUCCCUCACUUACCUCAGGACUUUAAAUUUAUCCUGCAACUUGAUCACUAAGGUUGAAGGACUGAACGGCCUCGUGAACCUAACGAGAUUAAACUUGUCCUACAAUCAGAUAAACAACCUCACUGGCUUGUUGUAUCUUCACGGCACGGGAUACAAGCUGAAGCACCUCAGUCUCCAUAGCAACCACCUGGACAACAUCGAUCACCUCCUGCAGUGCCUGCUGGGAUUGCAGAGUUUAAGAGAGAUCACUUUGAGCCAGGAUGGCAGAGACAACGCUGUGUGUAGGUCACCAGGUUACAGGGAGAUUGUUAUGCAGUCGUUGCCACAGAUUUCUGCUCUGGAUGGUCUGGACCGCCUGGGAAACCCAUCACAUCUAGGUCUGGGGAGUCCCUGUGAUAUACCCGGGCUGGAGGACUAUGUGGACCUCCUGCUGUCCUCAGAUACUAGUCACAAUGAAGCGGUUAGAGAAGAAGUCACUCUCGCCACACCCCGCAUCGAUGAGUUGUUGACCCAGUUUCGUCAGCGGAUUGCCUCCGAAGCAGUCCCAGAUUCAGUUGCGCAGGUUCGCUCUACUGUGGCCAAUCCAGCAGACCCAGUUAAUGAACAACGCAUCAGGAAACUGGAGCACCAGGUGUCCCAGCUCAUCCAGAAGGCCCCUGUCGAUGACAAUCCCAGUGGCUCUACUCAUUCUGUGGCGACGGUACGGAAAGCCAAGAGGGACAUCGACCGCACGUCAGAGAGCGAGUGUGACAGUGGGAAGGAAAACAGGAGGCGCAGCAGGAUCCCCAAACAUCGUAACAGCAUAACAUCAAGGAAGACCUCCAAGGAGACCAAAGCCCGGAGAUCAGACAGCGAUCAGGAGAAUCAUAAACAGAGGAGUUCAAAGUGUGCUGAGGGCCCCAGGAGGAAGGCUGGCGGCUCAGGGGGCACAGCCUCAGCGGGGCCAAUAAGGAGAGGACCUGUGGGAGCUGCUAAGACCUCAGGCGAUGUGAAAAGCAAAUGCACUGAGGAGGAGGAAACCUACAGGACUAUUGUGGAGGAGCGUGACCAGGAGAGGGAGAGGCGUUGGAAGGCUGAGCAGGCUGUGAGGAAACUAACAGAGGAUCUAAAGUGCAUGCAGACAAAAGUCAGCGAGGAAAAAGACCUGCAGAGCAUGGCCCUGCACACCACCGACAGGCUGAAAGAAAUGUUGCUGAAGGAGCGAUCGGGGCGCUCUGAACUGCAGACUCGUGUUGAGGAGCUGGAGGGGAGGCGUCAGUCCCUAACCCAGCAGCUGGAACAGGCCCGCAGCAGUGAGGAACAACACAAGACUGCACUGCGCAGACUGGAGGAAGGCAUCUCCCAUGGAGAGGCACUCAGGGCUCGCCAGCAGGCUGAGGAGAUGAAGCGGCACCAGGAGCUGGAGAACAAGGCCGCAGCUCUGAGGAGAGAGUCGGACAUCCAGAGAGCCUCAGUGCGUCAGCACAAAGACAAACUGCAGCAGCUGCAUGAACUGCUGGCAUCCAGGGAACAAGAACACAGAAAACAGCUGGAUUUGCGGUUGCAGCCUGGCGGGGCAGAUUUCCGAGAGGCAGUGGCGAGAGAAGUUGCAUCAGUGGAACAGAGACACGGCCACAGGGGGGUGGAGCUGCAAGAGAAACUGGCAGAGGGCAAGACACAGUACGCUGCUCUGGAGGACGAGUUCCGCAUGGCGCUAACCAUCGAGGCUGCCCGCUUCUCUGAGGUAAAGGAGGCUUGUGAUCAGAUGACUGCAGAGCUGUCGCGGCUCAAGGCAACCCUCGACCAGUCCCAGCAGAGGGAGAAGAAAUCGGGUUCCCUGGUGCAGGAGCUCACCGCCAUGGUCAAAGAACAGAAGAACCGAAUCACUGAUCUCAUCAAGGCCAAGAGAGAUGCUGUCACUGAUCUGAAGAGCCGUCUGCAUUCCUUGGAAGCAGAGGUGGAGCAGGACCGGCGUCUCAGCCUGCAGCUUGAGCUGCUCAAGAAAGACAAGGGGCGACUGUUGUCUCAGCUCACAGCUCAGGAGUCGGUGAUCGACGGCCUCAGGGCAGAGAGGAGGAUCUGGGGCCAGGAGCUCGCUCAGCAAGGAGUGUCCUUGGCUCAGGAUCGUGGACGCCUGGAGGCCAGGGUAGAGGUGCUGGGCGCUGAGCUGGAGACUCAGAAAAAACAGAACGAGAGAGACUACGACGCUCUAAAAAUCAAAACCAAAAUCAUUGAUGACCAGACAGAGACCAUCCGCAAACUCAAAGAGGCCCUGCAGGAGCGCGACGAUCAGAUCCGUAGGCUGCGUGAGGAGGCGGUCCAGGCCCAGAAGAGGUUCCAGCAGCAACAGGAGGAGGAAACGGCUCGGCAGGCUGAGCUGACGGAGCGGCUGGAGCACCUGAGCCUGCGCAAGGAGGAGCUGAAACAGCAGCUGGAGGACAAGGAGGCAGAGCUGGAGGACAUCAAACGAGUUUACAGUGAUUCCAGUAAGAAGUGGCAGGAGAAGGCAGACCUGCUCACUCGGCUAGAGAACCAGGUGAAGCGCAUGAAGGAGAACUUUGACUCCAAGGAACGCCUGCUGCUGGAAGAAAGAGAUAAAGCAACAGAAGCACACAAAGCUGCAGUAGAGAAGUUACGCUGUGUGGACGAUGCAUUUCGUCGACAGCUAGAGUCUGGCCAGGCCGUCCAUCAAGCUGAGCUGCUUCGGCUAGCGAAUGAGAAGCAGAAACAGAUUGAACAAGCCAAUCAGAAGGUAUUUGAAGUGGAGGAGGAGAUGCGUCAGCUCCUGGAGGAGACGGAAACUACCAAGAGAAUCAUGGAAGAGAAAAUGAAACGUCUCACAAGUGUACUUAAAGACUUUUAACAAAUAAAAUAUGACGUCUUUGCAGCUACGGCAACAUAUGCAUUUAAACACUAGAGGAUCAUUUUAUUUUGUUACAUGAAUGAUUUACUAGUUAUUUUUUAAAAUAUUUUUAAAUUAUUGUUGUAUUUUAGUAUAUCAUGAUUUAUAUAAUAAAUUCUCUCUUAAGCAUAUU